AAAAGGUGACUUCGAACAUCGAUCGUCUUCAAGUUUUCAGAAUGGCGGCAGAUAACGGAUUUCCGUUUCCCCGGAUGGGGCCAAUACUGGCAGGUACCAGAGAGCGCUUCACCGACCGUGUUGCAAUAGUGACGGGAGGAGCCUCUGGUAUUGGCCGAGCAACUGUAACCAGACUUGCAAAUGAUGGCGCAAUGGUGGCCAUAUUUGAUAUAAACGACGACUUGGGUAAAGCAUUGGCAACCGAGUUAUCAGAAAAGGGUGACGCUGAAAGGGUAACGCAGUAUAAUGUUGACAUAUCCAAGAUGGACGCUGUUGAAGCAGGCGUGAGACAGGUGGUUGAAAAGUACGGAGGCAUUCAUUUGUUGGUCAACAAUGCAGUGGACUUCUGUUCUGCAGGUGCUACCAAUGUCACCCACGAAGACUGGGUCCGCUCUUGGGGAGUUAAUGUUGAGGGUGCAGCCAAUAUGGUUAAGGUCUGUCAGCAGUACAUGCAAAAAGAUGAUCGAUGUGCCAUUGUUAACAUGGGUAGUGGUGGUGGCCACAGGGCUCUGCCAAUGCGGAUGACUUACUGCGCCACCAAGGCCGCCAUAGCUCAGAUGACCCGCAAUAUGGCGCUCGACUUGAUUGAAAAGAAAGUGCGGGUAAACUGUGUUGAGCCAGCAGCAACAUAUACACCAGAGAUAGCUAAGGCCUUCGGAAGCCGCGAGAAAGCCACCGAUUACUACAGUAACUGCCACUUAACACGACGUUUAGCAGACCCGGAUGAAAUCGCUUCAGCCAUUUGCUUCCUACUGAGCGAAGAGGCUUCAUUCAUAACUGCGUCAUGUCUGCCGAUAGAUGGCGGCUAUUCGGCGAUGAAUGGGGAACGUUUCGGAGAUCCCACAACAAUUGCAGCUACCAAGAAGUAAUUUGCUAUCAACAAGGAAGUCACAAAGGGCUUAUUAUAAACCGCGAGAUGCGGAAUGCGAAAUCACUAGAUGCUAACCCCGGUGAGAAUACCAUGCGCCACAUGAUGUAUUGUAAAUGGAACCUGAAAUGGCGAUCAUUCAUGAGACCGAGGCUGUAUUAGGGAGCUAUAUAUCCUUGUUUUGAUUGGCCCAUUGAAAUAGACUCUGCAGUGCGAUGUGUGGAAUUAUACCUAAUUUAUAGCCUAGUUUCGAUGGUUGGACUAUCCCGCGCUAUUUUUAGUUGACCAGACGUUCACCAAGUGCAUGUCCUGUGUCCAAAGUGAUGCUGACAUUUUGCCAAAAACUUCCGAUAAUGUUUGUGUUGACCACAUUAAAAAGAAUCAAUCUAAUGAUGUAACAAACUCAGUGUCAAAAACAGCCAGUUCAUAUCAAUAAAAUAUACAUUCGCACCACAA